AUGAAACCCCCAUUUUCGAUAUUGAAGAAGGAAGUUUCCCUUGAAAUUGGGUCAAGCGAGCAAGAUAAUCAGACCAGCUUCCAAACUAACAGAACCUUAAGGUCAAACCAGAAGCUAGAUAUUCAAACUACCUCAUACUCCAGAAAUACUGUAUAUAACAAAUUUGUUGAUUUCAAGCUAAAAGAUGAUAAACCAUCUCUCAUUGAUCCAACUCCUCCCAGAAAAGGAUCAAUAAACCUCGGCUUGAACUCAGAUUUGCUAGAGACCAAAAACCAGAAUCCAAUACAGAUAAUCCAGAGUAUCCAGAAACACAGACAUCAAUCAGCUUUCUUCACUAAAAGAGAUGUCUGAGAGACGGCUUUUUCUUCAUACCAAAAUCUCAAACCUGCAAACAAAAUGAGGCUGAAAUAAAGCAGUGACCCAUCAUAUCAAAAAGAGGAAGAAAAAGAGCACCUCCAAGUCGAAAGGACUUCUAACUGAUCAAAAAUCCCAAUCCCUAACAAGGCUUCAGACAAUUUCAAGGACUCAGCCAAGAACGAAGGAUUACUUUUAUUCCUCCCCAUUGAAAACUGACAGGUCUAGGCAUCUUAACCUGUCUAAUAUCUCCUGACAGGAGAGAUCUUGGAACCGGUCUAAAGAUAUAACUGAUACAAUACAGAUGGAGAAUGAAAGAGUCGCCAAGCAAGUUGACAAGAUAUUCAUUGAAGAAACAGAGCUUGUCAAUGAGUCCCAUAAAGAUACUAAGAAGGAAUUCAAGGACAUAUAUACAAAGAUUAGACAACUGAGCUCUGUGCUGAGAAGGAUAUGUAAGACCGGUGAUGAAGAACCCCUACUUUUGGAACCGAAUGUGUGCAACUCUUUUGAUGGCAUCAGAAGUGAGAUCAUUCCUUUUAAGAUUUCCUGAGAAAAGGAGGACCCUCCUCUUAAGAUCAAGUUCUUAAGAGCAUCGAUUCACUGUAAUAUCUACAUAUCUCAGGAUAACCAUCUUCCUAAUCGUAAAGAUCAUGACAUCAUGGUUCAAGAUGGAAAAGAUAUGAAGAAUAAAGUGUAUUAUUACUAUCCGACUCCUGAUAAGAACUCGUUCUCUUCUAGCUAUAUCUACCUUGGUGUAGAGUGCCUGAGUUCAGGUACUGUUCACAUCCUGUUAAAGUAUCAAUCUGAGAAGUUGCAGAACAACUUCUUAAGUCAUACCAAGUCGAGUGUACAGCUUGUGUCUUAUAAUAAAACCCCAACUUUAUAUACAAAGAGGGAAUAUAAACUCAAAAUCGAGGCCUUGAAGUACAAUGAGGACAAGCAGAAAGAACUUCUCAAGAGCGUUGAAAUCAUUAAAAAUAAAAGGAAAGAGGAGUUCGCCUCAAAAUUAGAACGAAUCAAGGUUAGGAUUCCUUCAAGAAAUAAAUUGUACAAUUAUUCCUCCUCCAGAGAGGAACAAAAGUUCUUUAACGAGAGACGAAUGAAGGCUGUGGCAGAAGCUCAAAGAAGAAAGGAGCUCUUGGAUAUACAAUCUCUGAAGAUAAAAAUGAUAUCUGCAAAUCGGAAGGUCAUUAAAGAAGGACUGAUCAAGAAAUUUGAGCAAAUAAAAUACAAACAUACUAAACGAACGUUAAGAGCUACCGGAUUCUUAAAGCAGAUGUUUCUGAUUUAUAUCCUCAGAGAUAUGAAGGGACAGUUCACAUCUUUGAGACAAGAAUGGCUUAUUCAAUGCAAAAAGCAUUUAAUGGCAUUCAGAAUUCAGCGAUGUUUCAAAGCAAAAAUGCUGAAGGUAGCAAAAGAAGUUCCUCUAAGACAUCAAAGAACUAUCCAGAAUUGCUUCAAAAUUCUUUCAAAGACUCAUACAAAUUCUGGUAUAUUGCAGAAAUAAUAUGGAUUUUAUGAAAAAAUUCCUUUUAAAUACUACAAAUAAGCAAACGAUCAACCAAAGGUUCAUAAGCUGGUACAAGAAGAUCAUCCUGAUCCAGAAUUUCUCAAGAAUGGUAGUCACCAAGAAAGACAAAAGACACAAUGUAAUGAAGCAAUAUUGGAAAUAAAAUCACUGAUGUAGUCGACUGGAAUGUCUGUGUUGGAAAUAAGGUCAAGAAACUGAGGCAAUUCGAUCUACUUCGCCUCGCUGAUAUCCCAGAAGAGCACAAAUAAUACAGUAAUCAAGGAAUAUCUGAAGUGAUAUUGACAGGAUAGAUAUCAAAAUUUCAAGGAAUUCCUUGAGAUUAUCGAUGAGCUGCCUCCAAAAAUGAAGAACUUGGCGGUUCUAAAAUACCAUUUACUUAGAAUAAAAUAAUGACGACCUGCUACAAUUCGAUAGAGACAAAGAAUAUGUUGAUAAGACUGUCCAGAAGGGAUUUGAGGAGAUUUUUGCAACCAGAAAAACCAAAAGCAGCAUCAGAAAUAGUAGCAGCAGGCAAAGAAAUAGGAAGAAACAAGAAUAUAAUUUUCAAAUUAAACUUAAUGAAAAGCAGGUGAUUGUUCAUGCAACUUUGAAGAGACUAGAUGAGAAGCUCUAUGGGUUACUCGUACCACAAGCUGGAAAUUUUAUGCCCAGUUUCUUUGAAAUGAUCAGAUUAAUGGUCUCAAUUUCAUAA